AUGAGAAAAACAGCAAAACGUAAAGUAAGCUACGUGAUAACACAUAAUAAAGAUGAUCACGGUCAUUUAUUAGGCAUAAACAGUUUAGCAUUAGACACCACCACUUUUGGCUCCUCUGAUAAACCGGAAGGAAUUUUAUAUAGUGCAGGAAGAGAUGGUGUAAUUAAUUCAUGGGAUUUACAUUUACCUUUAAGAGGACGAACGAUACCAAAAUAUAAUUAUAAUCAUUUGAACGACAUCGAUGAAAAAAAAAGAAAUGUUAAAGAUGAUGAUAAUAUACCUUUACAUCUAUUUAAUGAAGAUAAGAACUGGGAAAUUGAUGAAGAUGCUUCAAGUUCACAACCAACGCCAAAAUCAACGUUUCGGCAAUCAUUUCAAAGUCAUACGGAUUGGGUGAAUGACAUAAUACUAUGUCACAACAAAGAAGCAUUGAUAUCGUGUUCGUCAGAUCGAACUAUGAAAUUGUGGUUUCCACAUAAAACAUCAACACCAUGUACGAUAGGAUAUCAUACAGAUUAUAUAAAGGCAUUAGCAUAUGCAUCAGGACCAGGAUGGGUGGCAAGUGGAGGGUUUGAUAGAAAAAUUGCUUUAUGGGAUAUUAAAGAAUGUAGGCUUGCACCGUCAACAUCGAGUUCAAGCGGUAAUAUUUUUGGAGGAUUGUCUGAAAGAGAUUUUCAACCUAUAGUUACAAUAGCUGAAACUUCACCUAAAUCAUCAGUAUAUGCACUUGCAUGUAACCCAUCAGGAUCCGUUCUUGUAUCUGGAUCACCUGAAAAGGUUAUAAAGGUAUGGGAUCCGAAAUCUGGUAAAAGAAUUACGAAAUUAUCAGGACAUACAGAUAACAUUCGAGCAAUAUUAAUAAGUGAUGAUGGAGAAUUAAUAUUAAGCGGAUCGUCAGAUACAACGAUAAAAUUAUGGUCAUUGUCAGCGCAGAGGUGCAUUAAUACAUUUACAACGCAUUCAGAUUCAAUAUGGUCUUUGUAUUCUGAUCAUCCCAGAUUAAAAGUAUUUUAUGCGGGAGCUAAAGACGGAUUAGUUACUCGUACAGACUAUAGCGAAUACGAAGAAAUUGAUGAUGGUGAAUGUGUCGCCAUUUGUAAAGAAAAUGCUGGAAUCGUCAAACUUGUGGCUUUGGAUAAUAAGUAUAUAUGGACUGCUACUUGUAGUUCAAGCAUUAAACGAUGGCAAGAUAUACCAUUGAGGAAAGAUCGAAUAAAAUUGUCAACUUCUUCGCCAACAUCAUCUACUUCCCAAAAUGCAUUUCAAAUCCCAUCAUCGUCCUUAAUAAAAUUAACUUCAACAGCUGUAACGUCAUCCUAUCCUUCAGUGGUAUCUUCACCGCAAUUAAAAACAGCCACGACAGAUAGUGAGGUAGCGACUAUAUAUAGCGUAGCAAUAGGUGACGGUCAUAGUGAUAUAGAUAACGAAGAUCCGGAACCAGUUCGUGAGAUAGCAGAUCACAUAAUAGAGGGACAACAUGGAUUAAUUAAAUAUGUUAUAUUGAAUAAUCGUAGAAAUAUACUUACCUUAGACCAUAAUGGGGAAGUUACACUUUGGGAUAUUAUAAAAUGUGUUAAGGUCAAAGUAUUUGGUAAAUGUAACAUUGAUGAAAUUGCCCAGGAAAUCAAUACACCCGAAUCUAUACCAAAUUGGUGUUCCGUUGAUACAAGAAUCGGUGCAUUGACAGUACAUUUAGAUGAGAGUAAAUGUUUUGAUGCAGAAAUGUAUGCUGACGAGGCAGGAUUAACUGGAGAUGUAGAUAUAAGAGAAGAUCAGCGAAUUAAUUUAGGUAAAUGGGUAUUAAGAUAUUUAUUUGCAAAUUUUACCCAAGCAGAAAUACAAACAUAUGAAGCUAUACAACAACAAAGAUCAUUGAUGCAGCAACAACGGCAGCAACCUGGAAGUGAACAUAGAAGCUUAUUUUCCACCCAAAUAAAUGUAAAUAUACCACCACAAGCGGCUACAUCAACAACAUGUACAUCACCAACCGCAUCAAGUCACAAUCUUGCCAAUAGUAACGCGAACCCACCAAUGCCACAAUCACCAACAACACCAUUAGCAGCGUUUACAACAGGUCCAUUUACGGCUCCCGCGACAACUAGUUCACAACAACCAGAUUAUUUUAGUGGACCACAUCACUUGAAUUCUUCUGCCACAUCUCCGACAACCCCGCCUGAAUACUAG